AUUUAAUCGCUAUUGUCAUCGAUUUAUCAAAACAUAAACAAUUAUUUUGGCGGUUUAUUUUGCUUUCACUUUUUGUUGUGUGUCUUUAACUAUAUAAGUCAUCUUUUUUUCGGCCAACUUUCAACCAGUAAUUAUGGAAGCUUUUCUGAAAGGAUAUAAGCCAGGAAGUAAGCCAAAACCUUCUGUUUCUAAAGGGGAUGGAACACCCACACCUUCCUCUUCAAAGAAAACAAAAAGACCUACACCUUGGGUUGAAAAAUACCGUCCUAAAUGCAUGAAUGAAGUUGUAUAUCAAGAUGAAGUUGUUGCUGUUUUAAAGAAAAGUUUGGCCAAUCCUGAUCUUCCUAACUUAUUAUUUUAUGGUCCACCUGGAACAGGGAAGACCUCAACAAUUCUUGCCUUAGCAAGAGAAAUAUUUGGUGACAUGUUUAAAGCCAGAAUACUAGAAUUGAAUGCAUCUGAUGAACGAGGUAUUCAAGUUAUUCGAGAUAAGGUGAAGUCUUUUGCACAGCAGACUGCUAGCGGUAUUGGCCAUGAUGGUAAGCCAUGCCCACCUUUUAAAAUUGUCAUCUUAGAUGAAGCUGAUUCUAUGACAAGUGCUGCUCAGUCUGCCCUUAGACGUACAAUGGAAAAGGCUAGUAAAUCCACUAGAUUUUGCCUUAUUUGUAAUUAUAUCAGUAGAAUUAUUGAUCCCCUGACUUCACGUUGCUCAAAAUUCCGCUUCAAGCCCUUAUCGAAAGACACAUUAUGUCAGAGAUUAAAUUAUAUUGCCACAGAAGAAAAUGUGACAUUUGAGAAUGAUGUGAUAGAUUCUAUAAUUGAUUUUUCAGAAGGUGAUCUGCGAAAAGCCAUAACACUACUUCAGAGUGCCCAUAGGUUAAAAGGUGAUGAAGGCAUCACUGUUGAAGAUAUAGCAGAUAUUAGUGGGGUUGUUCCUACAAAGUGGAUUAAAGAAUUAAUUACAGUAUGUGAAUCUGACAGUUAUGAAAAACUUGAAAAAUUUGCCUGUAAUUUAGGUUAUGAAGGUUACACCACUGGUCAAGUGAUCAAUCAACUUCAUGAUGAAAUAGUAUUUAACGAUGCUCUCAGUAACAAACAGAAGGCAGCAAUAUGUGAAAAAAUAGCAAUCUGCGACAAGCGGCUUUUGGAUGGUGCUGAUGAAUAUUUACAAUUGAUGGAUCUGUGCUGUACAAUAAUGCAGCAAAUAUGUCACCCACCUGAAUAAGAGGAACACUGUUCGACAAAUGUGUAUAUUUUUUUGGGGGAAAAAAAAAAAAAAACCAAUAUCACUGUUGAAUGCUAAAGCAUUUAUAUAAGCUAAAAUGUGUAAAUUUUAUGCCACUUUUUUUUUUGUAUA